UUCAUUCCAAUUUCAUUUUUAAUUUAUUUUUGAAUUAUAACCUCUUUGGCUAAGAACAAACGAUUCCUUCGGAGAAUCUGCAGUAGCUAAACAAUAUCAAAUGACCGGUAUAAAUUUUCAUAUAACAAAACAAGAAUAAACAAAUUUGAAACAAGAAUAUGGAAUAUACGUUAGAGGAUGCCUUCGAGACGCUGAAGGACAAGAAAGCGAAGCAGGAGAAGAAUAUUGAAAACUUGAUAAACGAGAUAUCGAACAACGAGGUCUUUUCCCUGGGACCGUCCAGCUUGCCGGAGGACGUGAAAAUGAGGCAAAACAGGUUGCACCAGAGCUUGCGAGAAGAAAUCCAACAGAUGCAGCCGGAGGAUUACCCGAUUCUGCGAACAUCUGACUUGCAUGUGGAAGUGAUGAUCGAGAUGGAGGCGGAGAUUCACGACAUGCAAGAGCUUCUCAACAGUCUGCAGAAGAAGCUCUUCGACAUUCGGGAAGACAUCGCAUAUUUGAGAAACAAGAAAAAUGGAUUGGAUAAAAUGCAGGAAGCUUAUCUGGAUAUCACGGAGACUUUCACGAACAAAACGUACGAGAAGGAGUACGGCCUAACGAAACGUAUAUUUCAGGAAGUGAAGAAUGACCUGUCUAUCGUGGUAGAUACGAUUUUUCCAGACAACAUUGGCUUCAAGGAAUUAUUAGCGGCGCUAACAACCGCUUAUAUGAAAGGGGGAGAUGACAUUUAUGUAGAUGUCAUGCCGAAUACUUUGAAGUACGUAAAUUUUCUACUGGAAGCUGAUAUAAUACAAUAUCACCGUAACGAUAAAACUAAAAUUAGAAUGACUGAGUUAUUAUAACAUCCGAUAAUUAUCUAAUAUUUUACAAUCUCGAGCUACAUUUGUGAUGCAGUAUAAUAUAUAUAAAAAAAUGCCAAACAUAAGUCAGAUAAUAAGUCAGAAAUAGAAAAAACGCUCAUUCGAUAGUAGUUGUUAAUAAAUUAUAAAAAUAUUUUCUACCAUAA